AUGUCAGGUUUAGCAUGUAAUUCGUGUAACAAGGAAUUCGAAGACGACGCUGAGCAGAAGCUCCACUACAAAUCCGAAUGGCACCGUUACAAUCUCAAGCGCAAAAUUGCUGGUGUUCCUGGAGUUACAGAAUCACUGUUUGAAGCUCGUCAAGCUGCAAUUGCUAAUGAGAAGAUCAAAGCUAAAGAAGCACCUAUGCUUUACAGUUGCGGAAUCUGUGAUAAAAGUUACAGAAGCUCCAAGGCUCAUGAGGAGCAUCUCAAGGCAAAGAGCCACAUUUCCAAGGCUUCUUCACAAGGUGUAAGCAACGGAGAGGAGGAUAAAGCGAUACUUAAGAAGCUUCCUCCUCGUGUUCGUGUUGAGAAGAACGACCCUGCCCUGCUAAAAGGCUCAAUUGAGGAGGAGAGUGAGGAGAGUGAAGAUGAAUGGGUUGAGAUGGGUUCGGAUGAGGAGCUGAAUGACGAUGAAGAUAUGGAUGAGAAUGAGUCUGGUUCUGGUGAAGAAGAUAUGGAUGAGGAUGAGAUCGAGUUUGAGUUGGACCCGACUUGCUGUUUGAUGUGUGAUAGGAAGCAUAAGACGAUUGAGAAGUGUAUGGUUCAUAUGCAUAAGCACCAUGGAUUCUUCAUUCCUGAUAUCGAGUACCUUAAGGAUCCGAAAGGGUUUUUGACCUACGUCGGUCUAAAGGUCAAGAGGGACUUCAUGUGUCUGUACUGCAAUGAAUUGUGCCAUGCUUUCACAAGUCUGGAAGCUGUUAGAAAGCAUAUGGAAGCUAAAAGUCAUUGCAAAGUGCAUUACGGUGAUGGUGAUGAUGAAGAAGAUGGAGAGCUAGAAGAGUUUUAUGACUACAGCAGCAGCUAUGCCAAUGAAGGCGACAAUCAGAUGGUUGUGUCCGGCGAAUCAGAUAACACCGUGGAGCUCUUUGGUGGGUCUGAGCUCGUGAUCACCAAGAGAACAGAGAACAAAGUAACGUCUAGGACUCUCGGGUCUCGAGAGUUCAUGCGCUACUACAAACAGAAGCCACCUCCAUCUUCUCAGAGGAACAUCGUCAACUCUCUAGCCAUGAGGUACAAGAGCAUGGGACUAGCGACGGUGCAGUCUAAGGAGAACAUAGUGAGGAUGAAGGUGAUGAGAGAGAUGAACAAACGAGGAGCGAGAUCGCGUGUUAAGCUCGGAAUGAAGAGCAACGUCAUCAGAAAUCUGCCCAACAACGUCACGUAUUAG